UGAUUAGCCUUUUAGUGGAAGUUAAAAAGAUAUUGCCCCCUGUGUCUAUCUUGUGUUUGCCAUUUGGGUAAAUACAAUCGGCAGAUUCCACCCACAAUGAUUUAGAGGUUUAGCGACACAGAGCUCUUGCUGGGCAUAUAAUAAUAUAAUGCACGCAUGAGAACUUUACUAUAUGAGACGUUUAAAAACGUUCCGAUUUUAUAAAAUACAUUAAUAUUAAAUAACCUGUGGAAAUAGAAAUAAGUUUGUAGCGAAAGUGCGGCUAGCAUCGGAGGUGGGCAAGCCUAGCGGUGUAUUGUGGGAGAGACAGAAGCUACAGACCAGAGGCACACAAUAUGUGUUGGCUCUCGCCGAAAAGGAGGCAGUAUUCUUCAAGCUAAAUCAUGUAAUGUAAGCGGCGAAAGGAAAGCGAUUCCGUCUUUUCGUCAAUUAAAGAAAAAUCCCUCGAUCGGACGAACCAUGUCCAAGCCAGGGGAGAAAAACAGAUUGAACGAAGACCAUGGCAGAAAGCAGAGUUCAAGUUUGGCGAACGGCAUGGACAGUCAUCCCGUCUGCGGCUCGGCGGAGAAGCGGAGUCACCACUGGAGAAGUUACAAGUUGAUUAUCGACCCGGCACUGAAGAAGGGCCCACACAAACUGUAUCGCUACGAUGGACAGACUUUCAACAUGCCCAACCCCGGGAUGCCACCGGUGGACAUCGUCCGGGACCCGAGGAUCGGGCGUCUCUGGACUAAGUACAAAGAGACCGACCUACCGGUGCCGACAUUUAAGAUCGAUGAGUGUUAUAUCGGCCCCGUGCCACCAAAGGAGGUGACAUUCGCCAGACUGAACGACAACAUUAGGGAAGGAUUUCUUAACGACAUGUGCAAAAAAUUUGGAGAAAUCGAGCAGGUCGAGAUCUUGUACAAUCCGAAGAACAAAAAGCACCUGGGAAUUGCCAAAGUUGUUUUUGAGAACGUGAAGGCGGCCAAAGUGGCCGUACAGUCGCUUCACAAGACGUCUGUUAUGGGAAACUUCAUCCACGUGGAGCUGGACCCGAAAGGUGAGAAUCGCCUCCGGUACUUUCAGCUCCUGAUGAAUGGCAGCUACACUCCGCAGACCCUGCCUGUUGGUGGAGAGGAGGCCAGAGAAGUUUCCCCUCGUAGCCUGGCAGAAGCCUUACUGGCCUGCGAGCCCAUCCGUAGGUUGUCGGAGAGCAGCGCGUCUGCUGUUGCAUCAACAUUGCCACCCAGCAGCUCCACCACUCCUCUCUCACAGGAGACGGGCUACUCCAGCCUAAGGCAGGACACACCACAGUCCCAGGGAACCCCUCAUACCCCACGGCAGACAGGCACACCCUUCUCUCAAGACUCCAAUUUCUCGAGUCGGCAGUCCACACCGGCGUACCAGUCGAGCCGGGCCGAGAGCUCCGGAGGUUACAAAUCUCGCAGACACGAAAGUAAGUUCCAGGAUGCGUACAACCGCAGACCGGAGAGGCCGCAGUACCGCAGCAACAUGUACCGAAGUACGACGUCGGAUCAAGCUCCCUUCAAACAGCACCAACUCACCCCACCUGAACCUCCGCCUUCCACCCCCACCUUCACCUACACAGCGCCUCCCCCUGCUACGCCCAACUUCAAGUCCGCCUUCUCACCUUACCAGGCUCCUUUGCCCCCCGCGUUCCCCCCGUCAGAGCCUGCUUUCCAUCACCCAGCCCAAAGGGAGGGUGAGUACCACCGACCGCCUCAGCCGCCUCUGGCAGCUGCCACUGACUUUUUACCCGCCAAGGAGAGACCAGAAACUCCUCCGAUCCCAGAGCCCCCGCCGGAGCCCGUGCCCCACCCGACCACCCCUCCUCCUCAAACACCAGAGCACUGCCCCUCACCCGGCUCUCCCACGCUUGAUCCAGAGCGCAAUAGCCUGGAUUCCCGCAUUGAGAUGCUCCUCAAGGAGAAAAGGACAAAACUUCUGCCGUUCCUGGAGGAGCGAGACUCGGACACUGAGGUGCGAAUGGAGGGAAGUCCAAUUUCCUCCUCGUCCUCUCAGCUAUCCCCAAUUCCCCCUUACACUAGCGGCUCCCAAGGUGGCCCGCAAAUCUCGCGGCCCUCUAGCACAGGCUUGGAGGAUAUCAGUCCGACCCCACUGCCAGACUCGGAAGAUGAAGAGCCAAUUCCCGGAACUGCCUCCCUGAUCAAGAGAAUCAGUUCUCCUGUCCAGGAGAAGAGCAGCGAUCUCAACGAUCGACAUUUCCGAUGCCACACUCCCACUGAUGAGAUGGAAACGGGUCAUCAGUCGUCAGGAGAAGACAUGGAGAUCUCUGACGAUGAGAUGCCCGGGACUCCAAUCAGCGGUGCAGACUGUGGCAAAGGCAUUGUCAUAAACUCUGCGGUGUCCGAGAUGCAGUCCAUUUCCAUCCCGCCUCCCGGCUUCCCCCCUCUCCCGCACCAGGCCGGCUACCAGCUCUCACAUCACCACCUGCUCCCUCACUCUGCCGUCCCGGGACAUCCUCACCUCGCCGGAGUGCCUCACCACAUGCUGCAACACAUGGCUCCCUACACUCACAGCAUGAUGCCACUGGUGCAAAUGGAGCUGAUGAACUGCUUGCGGUGGGAACAAUGGAGCACCGUUCCCAUGUCUUUCCAGAUGCAGCAGCAGAUGCUGAGUCGCAUGGCUCAGACCAGAGGGCCCUUUCCUUAUCCACAUUUUAUAGACAGUGGUGCAUCUGGGCAGUAUGGGGCACCCUAUGCGCCUCUGUCUAUGGGUGCUACGCCCGCUAGUGGCGCAGUAGCACCCGGACAACAGUGGCAGAAUCCCAGUAUACCAAAGUUCAACCCUACUGUUCCUCCUCCUGGAUAUGAGACUAAAAAGGAAGAUCCCCACAAGGCCACUGUUGACGGUGUGCUGCUGGUCAUUGUCAAGGAGCUGAAGGCCAUCAUGAAGAGGGACCUCAACCGCAAAAUGGUGGAGGUGGUGGCUUUCAGAGCCUUUGAUGACUGGUGGGAAAAGAAGGAACACUCGGCAAAGGUACCUUUGACUCCAGUGAAGGGUACGGAGGGGAAGGAAGAAGAAAGACCCAAACCCAAAGAGACGAUGGGUUCAAGUCUGCUGGAGAACUGGAACAAGGGCGAGGGGCUGGGCUACGAGGGAAUGGGCCUGGGAAUCGGUUUGCGAGGAGCCAUCCGCCUGCCCUCCUUCAAGGUGAAGAGGAAGGACCCGCCUGAGGCUGCAACAGCAGUGGACAACAAACGAGCACGGCCCUCCACUCCAGUGGAUGACGAGCUGGAGGAUGAAGACCGGGAUCGAGACCCAGCCGAGCUCCCGUUAGACGAUUCCAAGCUGGACGCCGACGCUGCGUCACCAAAGCGACGGCACUCCAGGCCUCUUGAGCUGGACAGCGAGGGAGAGGAGGAGGUGGAUACCUCAGGAAAGGAAGAGGAGUCGUUGUCCGACAGGGAGGAGGAGCCUGAAGAAACGGAGGCGACAGAUAGGUUGUCGUCAGGCAAAGAGAGUGGCGAUGAGGAGGGUGAUGAUGAAGACUCGUCCAGUGAGAGCGCUUCCUCAGAUUCGUCUGAUGAAGAAGCAGAGAGUUCAGCUUCCUCCAAGGCCAGCUCAGCCUCCUCAGCAGAAAGCGCAGACUCCUCCGAGUACGAGUUAAGCUCCGAAGAGGAAGGCGAUGAGGAGGAAGAAGGAGAGGUGGCGGUACACGUGGAGGGUGAAGUCAAAGUGACUUCCUCGUCCUCUUCAUCCUCAUCAACUUCGUCCUCUGAUGAAGAAGAGGUGAAGGCCGAGACCAAGGCACAAAGCCCUCCUUCGAGGCCGAUCCCAGAGGAUAAGGAGGACCGGAGGAGCAGGGAGGAGCUAAGCAGCAAGCCCAAACGCAGACCUCCUAGUCCUGAGGAGGAGGUGACGGAGGAGCUGAAGCCGCCAUCACCCAAAGGCCUCCCAGUCAAACUGCGAGACAUCAGUGUGGAGGGUAACAUUCCUGUAGUGAAGUCUGAACCUCAAGAGCAUACAGCAAACCUCCGGCCACCCACUCCCACGGGCGCCCUGCCCGACAGCGACCAGGAGACGAAGGCGAAAGGUAAAGCAGAGCCCGAGGAAGUACCCUGCACCCCCGGCAGAUUAGCCCCAUGCCACGUAGAUGCAAACCGACCCCUCCCCAAAUCUGUCUCUGCAUCUUUAAUGCACCUCCCUCUCCCUCCUCACCCGGCAGUAGAAGGUCGUUCCCUCCUUCAUCCGCCGCCUGGUCCCCUCCCUGACCUCCCUCAGCGGGCCAGGCUACCCACAGACGAGGAUAUCCCCCGCACGCCGGGUAGGGACCUGAUGGAGCGUGCCCGAAGUCUGGGCAAGUCCCAGAGCACGGACACGGUGCCCAACACACCCGGUAGUGACGCCCCGCUGACAGGCUUGCUUAGCUCCCCUCACAUCCCCGGUAGCCCCUUUUCCUACCCUGCACAAUCCCCUGUCCUUAGUGCUGGAGUCCCCCGCACUCCAGGAAGAGACUUAACCUUCACCCCUGUCUUCCCUGACCCCACAGCACUGAUUCUUAACAGGAAAAUAUCCUCUGAGAGCCUGGACGAUAGACCAGUCUUUAAGGAGCCGCCCAUCAGCGCCCUGCCUAACCAGGCCCUGUCAGCUGGAGCAGAACAUUCAGCCAGCGUCCCUGAAGAUCUACCUGCUGGUCUCACUGUCGACGUACCUGUGCCAUCAGAUACUGCCCCGUCAAAGAGGAAACCUGGACGACCCAAAGGCAAAAAGGCCGCUGUCUCUGCAACUGAUGAGUCUUUGGAGCUGUCAUCCGAGUCCACCAUUCUGCCUCACGACGCACAUCUAGGCGAUCUAUCGUCGCAAACAAUAACUGCCAAGUCCCCAGACCACCCGAGUCUGGACUUCCGGGAAGGAGAGGUGAAGACCGAGACGGUCCUGCCUGCCUCCGACGGCUUCCUGUCCUACGAAGAAAAGGCACCUGUGGUUGUGAAGCCCACUCGGAGGGCGCGGAGAGGCUGGGAGGAGCUGCUGCUGGGCAGCCUGUCCCCCGUCACCUCGCCUCCCCGGCCGUACUUCAACCCGCGCUCCGAGUUUGAGGAGAUGACCAUCCUGUACGACAUCUGGAACGAAGGCAUAGAUGAAGAAGAUAUACGGGUUCUGCAGAUCACUUACGAGAAGAUGCUCCAGCAGGAUAACGGCAACGACUGGCUCAACGACACGCUCUGGGUCAACCAUCCUUCUACCAACAUACCCAGAGUGAAGAAAAAGAGAAGAGAUGACGGCAUGAGGGAUCACAUAACCGGCUGCGCCCGAAGCGAGGGAUACUACAAGAUCGACAAGAAGGACAAGAUCAAGUACCUCCAGAGCACAAAGCUGCAGUCAGAGGAGCCGCCGAUCGACACUCAGGGUAUGAGUAUUCCUGCGCAGGUCCACGCCUCUACCAGAGCCGGCUCGGAGCGGCGGUCGGAGCAGCGCCGUUUGCUGUCAUCGUUCGCAUGUGACAGUGACCUUCUGAAGUUCAACCAGCUGAAGUUCCGUAAGAAGAGGAUCAGGUUCUGCAGGUCGCACAUCCACGACUGGGGGCUGUUCGCUAUGGAGCCCAUCGCUGCUGAUGAAAUGGUGAUCGAGUACGUGGGACAAAACAUCAGACAGGUGAUUGCGGACAUGCGGGAGAAGCGCUAUGAGGAGGAGGGCAUCGGUAGCAGCUACAUGUUCCGCGUUGACCACGACACCAUCAUAGAUGCUACCAAAUGUGGCAACUUCGCCCGUUUCAUCAACCACAGCUGCAAUCCCAACUGUUACGCAAAGGUCAUCACCGUGGAGUCUCAAAAGAAGAUCGUGAUCUACUCCAGGCAGCCCAUUAACGUCAACGAUGAGAUCACCUACGACUACAAGUUCCCCAUCGAGGACGAGAAGAUCCCCUGUUUGUGUGGGGCAGAGAACUGUAGGGGAACGCUGAAUUAAUGUCCACGUGAGGUCAAUCUUCUCCAGAGUGUGAGAGUCCUUACAUUUCAAGUUUCCCAGACUCCGGACGAGGAGCAACCGAAGAGGGAAGGUUUUGUUUUGGAGCGAGGAGAAGAAACCUGCAACUCCUCUGUGCGGCCCUCUUCACAUAUUAAACUCGAGAUUGUUUACGAUUUAUGGUGCUCUUGAAAUGAAAAACGCAUAGUUUUUUAUGUCGAAUUUACUGAAACACUUGACUUGCUUGUGCAGCAUUUUUCCUCCUCAACGUCGAACAGUAUUUCAGCAUGGCAUCCUUCCACAUCCUGUCCUGGUUUGUACAGUUUUACACUUCUUCUUCUUUUCUUUUCUUUUUUUUUUUCCCCCCUCCUCUCGUUUGUCUCACAAGCUUUACGGACACCACACUUGGUACAUAUAAACAACAGCACAUGUUCAGCUGCUACCUAACACUGUUGAGACGCACAAGCCCGCCAGGAAGACUUCUCCUCUGUGGUAGAAGACGAGGGCACCUGAGCAGAUGGGACGACUGUGGAGUGUCGCGGCCCGCCACCGGACUGCACCCCUGUUGUCUCGCUCCUACCUCCUCUGCACCAGAUUUCUUGGACAAUCCUGCCACAAAAUCUGGAACAAAUCUGGAAUAUUCGGAUAUCACGCUUGCUUUCACCUAGCCAAUGAUGGAUCAUGCUGCUUCCUAUUAGUUUAUGCAACAACUAAAAAAAAAAAAAAAAAAAAAAAAGUUAAAGAUGAUG